UGGUUGUAAGAACGCGCGAAGGUUUCUGCCGUCUGCUCUGUUCUAGUCGGCUUAGCAGCUAGCAUUUUGAGGAUAACCAGCUCCGGCUCUUUUGCUUCGCGUUAAUCUUAAAUCUCUGUGGUCUACCAGCACCAGAAAAGUCUCACAAUGUCGGUCAAAGAUGGUGCAUUUGAAGAUGCGGUUGAAGAGCGGGUGAUGAAUGAGGAAUACAAGAUCUGGAAGAAAAACACUCCCUUUUUGUAUGACUUGGUUAUGACCCACGCGUUAGAGUGGCCCAGCCUCACUGCGCAGUGGCUGCCUGACGUCUCCAGACCUGAGGGGAAGGAUUACAGUGUUCACCGUCUUGUGUUGGGCACUCACACAUCUGAUGAGCAGAAUCACCUGGUCAUCGCCAGUGUUCAGCUGCCGAAUGAUGAUGCCCAGUUUGAUACUUCACAAUACGACAGUGAAAAAGGAGAGUUUGGAGGUUUUGGUUCGGUAAGUGGCAAGAUCGAUAUCGAAAUCAAGAUCAACCACGAAGGAGAGGUAAAUCGAGCCCGCUAUAUGCCCCAGAACCCCUGCAUCAUCGCAACAAAGACUCCAACCUCAGAUGUGCUAGUGUUUGACUACACCAAGCACCCCUCAAAACCUGAUUCAUCUGGAGAAUGUCGUCCUGACCUGCGUCUCAGAGGCCAUCAGAAAGAAGGUUACGGUCUCUCCUGGAAUCCAAAUCUGUCUGGUUCCCUGCUCAGUGCUUCAGAUGACCAUACUAUCUGUCUGUGGGACAUUAGUGCUGUGCCAAAGGAGGCAAGGAUUGUGGAGGCGAAAACUAUUUUCACUGGACACACUGCUGUUGUGGAAGACGUCUCCUGGCACCUGCUUCAUGAGUCGCUCUUUGGAUCUGUCGCAGAUGACCAGAAGCUCAUGAUCUGGGACACUCGUUCAAACAACACCUCCAAACCCAGCCAUGCAGUGGACGCCCACACAGCAGAGGUUAACUGUUUGUCCUUCAACCCUUACAGCGAGUUCAUCCUCGCCACUGGCUCAGCAGACAAAACUGUUGCACUUUGGGACUUGAGAAACCUGAAGCUGAAGCUGCAUUCCUUUGAGUCACACAAGGAUGAGAUCUUUCAGGUCCAGUGGUCUCCUCAUAAUGAGACCAUCCUAGCAUCCAGUGGAACAGAUCGUCGCCUUAACAUCUGGGACCUCAGUAAAAUUGGAGAGGAGCAGUCACCAGAAGAUGUAGAGGACGGCCCACCUGAGUUGUUGUUUAUCCAUGGAGGCCACACAGCCAAGAUCUCUGACUUUUCCUGGAAUCCAAACGAGCCGUGGGUCAUCUGCUCAGUGUCUGAAGACAAUGUUAUGCAAGUCUGGCAAAUGGCUGAGAAUAUAUACAACGAUGAAGACCCUGAGAGUUCAGAAGCCACAGUAUAACAUCUCCACCUGUGAUAUGUGUUAACGUGCAACCUCAUCACAAAUUGCCAAAGGGCCAACUCAAGAAUUUCAUCUGCAAGAUAAAAAAAAAAACUAAUAAUAAAAAAUCACUAGAAAAUAGAAAUCGCCGAAAGCCCACCGUGUGACACAAAUCACUGUAAGUAUGAGGGAUAUGAGAAUAAGCAUGUACGAUUGUAGUCAGAAAUUUGCAUUAAGGGUGGACAUGAAUGCCACGACUUUCAGUGAUGAUCUUUCGCUGGCAGAGUGAUUGCACUAUAUACGUCUUUGAUUUCAUAUCUAACGUCUACCAUGUUUAACAGUUGGUACAGUGUUCUUGGGUUGAAUGCCUCAUCUUUUCCUCUCCAGCCAUGUCUCUCUCAUCAUUGUGGCCAAAUUACUCUCAGCUGUGUUUGUCCGUCCAUGUGGUCAGCUGCAAACUGUAGCCAAGUAUGAAGGUGUUGAUAGUGACUUCUUUCUUGGAUGCCAGCAUCUCAGUCCAUGGUGAUUGUAAAACUCAUGUGACUGCAGACAGUGGUAGUGGUUGGUUGGUUGAUUGAUUGAUUUUAAUUAGUCUAAAAUGUAAACAUGCAGAAAAUAAUACAAACAUGUAUAAUCUAAACACAUAAAUACAUAAAAUACAGGGCAACA